UAUUUUGAAUUGCUUUGGAUGUUUCUGAAGGUGAAGAUGUUCUCUAUGCUCUCCCGCCAUUUGCGAUCAACUGGGUCAAAACUCAGACUUUUCUCGAAGCCGCAGACCUGGUGCUGUCCUCAGAAACUGUUCUCCUUGAGACUUUUAAGCAUCCAGGUUGGAGAUAGCGCUGAGCUCUCCAGAAUAUUUACUCAGAAUGAUGUCAUUGCGUUCUCUCUGUUGACUGGUGACACAAACGCCCUGCAUCUGGAUGAGAUUUAUGCUAAAAACACAAGAUUUGGGAAAACUGUGGUCCACGGCAUUCUCCUCAAUGGUCUGAUAUCCGCAAUCCUGGGAACUAAACUGCCCGGGGAGGGUUGUAUAUUACUAUCCCAGGAAAUCCGCUUUCCUGCCCCGUUAUACCCCGGAGAGGAGGUUCUAGCGAGGGCCGAAGUAAAAGCGUUGCGGAAGUCCUUGGCGUUUAUGGCCGUCUCUUGCGUCGUGCCCUGUAGCGGGAGGACCGUCAUGGAAGGGACAGUUAAAGUAUUAAUUCCUGAAGACAAAGGAUCUUGAAACAUUUACGUUCUUAUUGAUUGGGAAUUAUGUAAUAAAUGUCAUUCCUGUACAGAA